CCUGUGAUUAAUCUGACCAACUGCAAGUAUGAGUCUGUGCAUCGAGCUGCUAAGCAAUAUGGCCUGCGGGAAGGAGGUGAUAAUGAUGAGUGGACCCUGUACUGGACAGACUGUUCAGUGUCACUGGAUCGGGUAAUAGAGAUGAAAAGUUAUCAGAAAAUCAACCAUUUUCCAGGGAUGAGUGAAAUCUGCAGGAAAGAUCUGCUGGCCAGGAACAUGAGCAGGAUGCUAAAACUCUUCCCAAAAGAAUUUAAUUUCUUUCCCAGGACUUGGUGUCUUCCUGCUGAUUAUGGAGACUUGCAGACAUAUAGCAGAUCAAGGAAGUAUAAGACAUACAUCUGCAAGCCGGACUCUGGUUGUCAGGGGAGAGGUAUCUUCAUCACCAAAUCUGUAAAAGACAUAAAGCCUGGAGAGGAUAUGAUCUGCCAGCUCUACAUCUCAAGGCCUUUUAUUAUCGAUAAGUUUAAGUUUGAUCUUAGAAUUUAUGUGCUCGUGACAUCAUGUGAUCCUCUGAAGAUAUUUGUCUAUGAAGAAGGCUUGGCACGCUUUGCUACUUCAACCUACUCUGACCCUUCACAAAACAACCUGGAUGAUGUCUGCAUGCACCUGACUAAUUAUUCCAUUAAUAAACACAGCGCUAAUUUUGUCCGAAAUGAAGAUUCUGGUAGUAAAAGGAAACUCUCCACCUUUAAUAAGUACAUGCAGAAGCAUGGCUAUGAUAUCGACCAGAUGUGGCUGGAUAUGGAAGAUGUCAUUAUUAAAACCUUGAUAGCAGCACAUCCUGUUAUCAAACAUAACUAUCAUACUUGCUUCCCCAACCACACUAUGCCUAGUGCCUGCUUUGAAAUACUGGGAUUUGAUAUUCUGUUGGAUCACAAACUCAGACCCUGGUUGCUGGAGGUGAAUCACUCCCCAAGCUUCAGUACUGAUUCCUGGUUAGACAAAGAAGUGAAGGACCACCUUUUAUAUGACACCUUGGUUCUGAUAAACUUGGGAGCCUGUAACAAGAGAAAGAUCCUAGAAGAGAAACGGCGAGGAAAAGAGAGUCUUCUGAAGCAAAGCCGUUCUUGGGAGAUCAGAGCUAAGGAAUACAAGAACUGCCAGACUGCUUGGCUGAAACAAGCUGAGAACUAUGAGGAGAAAAACAAAGGUGGUUUUCGCAGAAUUUAUCCCAAACCUGAUUCAGACAAAUAUGAUAAAUUUUUCCAGCACAACAAUUCAUUCUUUCAAGAAACUGCUGCUUCCAGGGCACGAGAAGAACAUUCCAGGCAGCAGCUACAGGAGCUGCGAAUGAAGCAGGAGCAGAAAACUUUACAGUUAAGAGAGAAGAAGGUUGAGCUGCAGGGAGAGUCUACGGGUGAGAAAAUAAAGCCUUACAGAAAGAAGCUCAUAUCUAGAGCAGCUACUGCACAUGGCUUAAGGAAGAGAGCCUUGCGUGAAAAAGCACCAAAGAUGCAGAUAGUUGGCGGGGAAUCAAGCAUCCCACAAAAAGAACACUGUGGGUCCAGCCUGGAUCCACCUGCACAUGAAAAGCAAAAUGUGAGACACUAUAGUUCUGCACCAGACUUGAUAAAGAAGAACUCUAGUAGUAUGCAGGACCAGUAUGGCUCCAAACCAGACCUGAGAGACCAUACAGAGCAUAAUCAUCAUUCUGCAACAGAUCUGAACAUCAGAUUAAUGCUCAAAACACCAGCAGAUUUUUCCACAUUAUCAAAUAAAUCUGGUCAUUCUUCAAAACCUUCUGCAAUGGUGACACAACUUCGAGCUGCAGUCACAACAGCAACUGAUGUAGUUUAUCAUGGUGGUGCAGCCAUUCAGAAUCUGAUGCCAUUUGGAUCUGAGAGAGAUCACCAGCCUCGUCUCAGGGAGAACUUAGUCUCACAUUCAGAAGGCCACAGAGCUCAAGGAAAUCCCUUACGGACUGAACUGGAAAAGACUCCUGUCCUAAUGUCAAAAUUCUUCAGCAAACUCUAUUUCAUACCAGGAGAGAAGGCUGUAAUACUCCCUAUGCACCAGCAUCACCACACUUAUCUCACCAAUAGAACACAAAGUGCGAUGCUCUUUAGGAGAACCCCGCUGAGCAGCAGAAUCUCUGCAGGCAAGAAGCAAACAAAAUAUCAGAAUGUUCAGACAGCAUUCCAAAAACCAAACCAUCACCGCUUUAGUUUUCAGGACCUGUUGGUUAUUUCCAGCCCUGCUCAAAUGGACCAACGACCUGCAAAAAGCAAUAAUGUAAUGUCAGGGGAUACUGCAAUGGGCAGGUAA